AUGAACUCCUUCUCGAAGCAUCGACCUUGCCCUUGGCAUAAUUCACGUCAACAGGGCCGACCGAAAUCCGUGUUCGCCGAGAUUACCGGAGCGAGAGCCGAAAGUGAGCUGCCCGCACAGGGAGUUGAGGAGGAGGCAGGCCCCCGUCCCGGCGGGCACGGCAUACAGACAGGCCACAUGCACGGACCACGCCGCUCGCUCGCCCGCCCCAGAGGGAGGGAGGGAAUGCACAGGUGA